AUGGCUACCUUACGAGCUAAAGCUGUAUUGAUUGGUGAUGAAAUUCAUGUUGCUGGUAACAAAAACCAGUGGGGUCGUGGAGGUGAAGGAACAUCAUGUGAAGAAACAUCAUGUGGAGGAACAUCAUGUGAAGAAACAUCAUGUGAAGAAACAUCAUGUGAAGGAGCAGCUAGUACAACAGUUGGGUCAUCAAAAAAACCAGUUUAUGGUGUUAUUGAAUUCGAGCAAGUUGGUGAUACAGUUGCUGUAACAGGAAAAAUUGAAGGACUUGGAGAAAAUACAGAACAUGGCUUUCAUAUUCAUGAAUUUGGUGAUGUUAGCAACGGAUGUACAUCAGCUGGUCCACAUUUUAAUCCCCAUCAAAAACAACAUGCCGGCCCUGAUGAUGCUGAUCGACAUGUAGGUGAUUUAGGAAAUGUUCAAUCAGAUGAUGAUGGUGUGGCAACAGUGAAUAUCAAAGAUGAAGUAAUAUCUCUUCAUGGUGAACAUUCAAUUCUUGGUCGUUGUUUGGUUGUUCAUGAAAAACCAGAUGAUUUGGGUCGUGGUGGUGAUGAAGAAUCGAAAAAAACUGGUAAUGCUGGAAAACGUUUAGCUUGUGGUAUUAUUGGUAUUGUAAAUCCGGAAUAA